UAGCCCCCGCCCCCGCCGCCGCCCGGCCCCGCCCCGCCGGGGGGAUGGAGGCGGCGGCGGCCGGCCCGCUGCUGGCAAGAGGAAGCGGGGAAACGCGCUGGGGCGGCGGCGGGCGGGGUCACGAACUCUGACCUUUCACAGGGGCACGGCACACAAAACAAAACACCCCCCCCACGCGGCCCCGUAACACAGGCCCGGCCCCCCCGCUCCGGUACCCCCUGCCGCCCCCACGGGGGGAGGGAGAGCCGCCGCCGGGCCCAGCCGCCCCGCAUCGGCCCGCCCGGGCCCAGGUCAGGGUCACCGCCGGGGCACGUUUGGCGCCAAUUCCUGAGGUUCUCUAAUGAUCUUGUUUCACCAUGGCAACCAAUAUGGAGGUGCUGGCUCAGCAGGUAGUGGAGACUCAGCAGGUGGCUGAGGUGCAGACUGUUCAGACUUCAAUAUCUGAAUCUCCAGUGAUGACCAGCCCUUCCCAGCGUAUCCAGAUAAUUUCGACAGACUCCUCUGUAGCUUCACCACAACGCAUUCAGAUUGUGACAGAUCAGCAAACAGGUCAAAAAAUCCAAAUAGUGACAGCAGUAGACUCAGCUGUGUCUCCAAAGCAACAGUUUAUUUUAGCCAGUCCAGAUGGAACUGGCGCAGGAAAGGUGAUAUUGGCAGCACCUGAGACAUCUAAUGCCAAACAGCUGAUCUUUACCACCACGGACAACAUUGUGCCAGGCAGAAUUCAGAUAGUGACAGACUCUGCUUCGGUGGAACGUUUGCUGGGAAAAGCUGAUGUUCAGCGGCCCCAGGUAGUAGAAUACUGUGUAGUCUGUGGCGAUAAAGCAUCAGGUCGUCACUAUGGUGCUGUCAGUUGUGAGGGAUGCAAAGGCUUCUUUAAAAGGAGUGUGAGGAAGAAUUUGACCUACAGUUGUCGUAGCAACCAGGACUGUAUCAUCAAUAAACACCAUCGGAAUCGCUGCCAGUUUUGUAGGCUUAAGAAAUGUCUAGAGAUGGGCAUGAAAAUGGAAUCGGUUCAAAGUGAAAGAAAGCCUUUUGAUGUGCAACGUGAAAAACCAACCAACUGUGCAGCUUCCACUGAAAAAAUCUAUAUCAGAAAAGACCUACGAAGCCCUCUAAUAGCAACUCCAACGUUUGUGGCAGAUAAGGAUGGGACGCGAUCGGCAGGUCUUCUUGAUCCAGGAAUGCUUGUGAAUAUUCAGCAGCCUUUGAUCAGGGAUGAUGGUACAGUCCUCCUAGCUGCUGAUUCCAAGGCUGAAACAAGCCAGGGUGCUUUAGGAACACUAGCAAAUGUUGUAACUUCUCUUGCUAAUCUCAGUGAGUCACUAAAUAAUGGAGAUACUUCUGAAGUUCAACAAGAAGAGCAAUCCGCAAGUGAGAUUACACGGGCAUUUGAUACUUUGGCUAAAGCACUUAAUACCACAGAUGGUACAGCAGCUCAUAACUUGGCAGAUGGGAUGGAUCCUACAGGAGGAGGGAAUAUUCAUGUAAUUAGUAGAGAUCAGUCAACACCAAUUAUUGAAGUGGAAGGACCCCUACUUACAGAUACACAUGUCACAUUUAAGCUGACCAUGCCCAGUCCAAUGCCAGAGUACCUUAAUGUUCACUACAUCUGUGAGUCAGCAUCACGACUGCUUUUCCUCUCUAUGCACUGGGCUAGGUCCAUACCUGCAUUUCAAGCUCUUGGGCAGGACUGUAACACCAGCCUGGUGCGUGCCUGCUGGAAUGAGCUCUUCACCUUGGGCCUGGCACAGUGUGCCCAGGUCAUGAGCCUGUCCACCAUCCUUGCAGCUAUUGUCAACCAUCUCCAGAACAGCAUUCAGGAAGAUAAACUUUCUGGAGACAGAAUAAAGCAAGUCAUGGAACACAUCUGGAAACUUCAGGAGUUCUGUAACAGCAUGGCCAAGCUUGAUAUUGAUGGAUAUGAAUAUGCAUACCUUAAAGCUAUAGUCCUCUUUAGUCCUGAUCACCCUGGUCUGACCAGUUCAACCCAAAUAGAAAAAUUCCAGGAGAAGGCACAGAUGGAAUUGCAGGACUAUGUACAAAAAACCUAUCCAGAAGAUACUUAUAGGCUAGCCCGGAUUCUAGUUCGCCUGCCAGCACUUAGGCUGAUGAGCUCUAGCAUUACUGAGGAACUGUUUUUUACUGGUCUCAUUGGAAAUGUUCCCAUUGACAGCAUAAUCCCCUACAUUCUCAAAAUGGAAACAGCAGAAUAUAAUGGUCAAAUAACUGGCACGUCUGCGUAGUGGGAACAACACAAUUUGAUGGAUCAAAGUAAUUUUUGUAAAAACAUAUAAUUACGAAGUUAAAAGAAUAGCAUUUUGGUGUGUACAGAUAUUUCCAACUUGUUACCAGUUUCCUCUCAGAUUUCUCCUUGUCUGUUUGAUGUUGACAAAAUUUAAGCAGCUAUUAAAAGACCUGCUAUAAAACCUUUUCUGCCACAAGGAAUAUUUUUAAUGCCUUUCAUUUAAAAGGCUAUAGAUUACUGAACAUACUUUUCACAUGCUUUGUAUUUAGAAACUAUCAGUGGUUAAAAGUAGAGUUUUAUAAUAUCAGAGAUUAGUAAUAAAAUUACUUUAAAAGUAAAAAGAACAGUAUGUAUAUAUUUAAAAAUAUCCUUGGAAUUAAUAUCUAAUAAAUGCCAGGAUAUAAUACUAGCACUUUGUAAGCACUUCUUGUCAAAGUGACAUCAUCAUCAACAUCCUGCUUAUGAGUAUGGAAAAUGAAAAAAAUUGCCUAUGUCCUUAGUCAAAAUGCUAGUGAUUUCUGUGAAAAUGUAGAAUGCUACAGGAGACAAUCAUUUAUUCUACAAAGAGUCACUUGCUCUUAUGUUAUGCAUGAAAUAUUAAUGUGGAUUCUUAAAUCAGAUAUCCACAUUAUUUGAAGCUAUACUCUGUUAAAUUAGUGCAGUUGUAAUUCACAGUAUGAUGCAGUCAUAGUGACUGUUACGUGCUGCAGGAAUUACCCAAACUAGGAGAAAAAAAUGUGUUUCUUGCCACAGUACUGAUGAAAUAUUCAGGUUCCUUAAAGUUUCUAUUCAGACCAACACAAUCAUGAGAAAUGUUAUUCUAAUAGGAAGCCUUUUGAUUGUGGGGAAAAUCAGUCAUUAACUGGAAGAAGAGUCGUCAAGUAGAGCAUGCUCUUUGAGUAUGCUCUUUGUAUUUCCAAAUUUACUCCCCCCCUCUGUACUCCUAAACGCCCUCAUCAUCCAAUGAUGGUGUUUAGGAGUACAGGUACUAUUAAAGCCAAAGGUACAAUUCAAAACCUGAAAUGUGUAGAACCUCUGGGUGUCAGCGAGAGCAUAUUGCAAAGCUCUCUUGCUUUAUUUCUCCCCUCAUCCCUCCCCUUCCCCGACAGAGCACUCCCAGUUUUGCAGUGCUCUCAACCUUCUGUGACUCAGUUUAAAACUGAAACAUAGUUAGGAUUGACAUUGUCACGUACAAUUGCAGUUAAUGACUGAUAGACCAUGGAGUUAUAAAAUUAACUAUUUUUUAAUUGUCUAGAGUGAUGAGCCAUCAUCAUUUCCUAGUAUUGGCCGUUAGCUGCUAGCAUUGCUUUUGUUUUAGUAUAAUUUAUUAUUGUGGACAUUAAAUAUUUUAAACAAUCAAAGUUUAAAAAAAAAGUCAUGGCAAUUAAUACUUUCAUCUGAUCCUGGCUCAUUAGAUGCAUCAAUUAUUUUAAUUAUUUGUAUGGUAGAGGCAUUUUCUACUUGUGUAUUUUUAUGUGACAAAAAUCUAAUGAUAAGUUCAGCACUUUUGUUUUUCUUCUGUUAUUGACAUUUAUUUAGAAACACCAACCGGGCUGGUGUUUGUGUCUUUUAAGGGUCUGAAUUGUAGCCAAAAGACCUUAAGCAGCUCUAGGUGAAGCUUCUGAUGUGAUAAAAAGUCUUGACCUGGUAUGCGUCAUUCUCAUCAGGAGGCUCACGUUUGUAGCACUCAUUGUGACACAGAAGGCUAUUUAAUUUUAGCUUCUGGAUGCAUUAAAGUCUUCUACAGUUACCAUUGUUACAGCAUUCAGAAUCUUCUUUUCUCAGAAGGGUGUUACAAAGAGUCCAAUAUGCAUGCAGAGACUUGUAAUAUUGCACUUUCAUUUCUCUCGGCUUUUGCUAUAGCAAAUGAAAUUGUCAUGUUUUUGAUGUGAUGGAAGGUCUACACCCUGAAUAUUAAGGCAACUGGAAUAGAGAAUUGUGUACUAGCUGUUCUAUUGCAGUGUGACUUCUUGUGUGAUUGUGUCAGCACCUCUGAUGCAAAGGCCCUGUUUUAAGGGUAUACAACUUAGAAAUUAAUUGUGAUAUUAACAUCAGAAGAAGUUGCUACGUUGGAAAGAGUUGUGGCCAUUUUUGUUAAAAUUUAAAAUUUUAUUGGGUUAUGUCAUUGUUGUUCUAAAAGCAGUAUGCAUUGAAUUAUUGUGAUAUUUUUCAUUGCAAAAAAGAUUAUGCAGUUUAAUUUGCUUUCAGUAUUUUGUAAAAAUUAUUUAAGCAGAUAAGUAAGCAUUGUUAAUGACAAAUGAAAUAUUCCUUAGCACAAAAACUAGCCAUUGGAAUAUUUUUUCCAAAUUUGAAUACAUACCGGCUGGCUUUUUUAUGACAAACGUAAUUUCAAAUUCCAAUUUUUCUAGUAAAAGGGCCCCAUUUUCCAUGCAAAAAUUUGUGUUCCUAAUUUUUCUUACUCCUGCUGUGAGCAUAACAGUUCAAGAAACAAAAUAAAGCCACUACAGUUUUUUUGGGAACAGAGGGAUCGCGUGAAAUAAAACUUAAAAUGUUUGCUUUGUAUUACAUUUUUAAAUCAAAAUGGUAAAUAUCAUGCGGCUCUGUUUACAAAUAAACUACACUCCCUACAAAUGCAAGGGCACGUAAUGGUAUCCUGGAUACAUCUCUGGUAGUCGCUUGCUCUGCAAAUAGUUCCCUGGACUUUAGGGAUGAAAUAUUAAUUUGUGUAAAUGAAGUAACAACAAUGCAAUCUGUAUCUGGGGGUUAUUUAUUGUGCAUGCAUUUAAUAGAUGUAAUGAAGAAGUUCCAUACUUAAGAUUCUGAUAUUACCACCUAAAGGCUGUAAAGUUUUACUUGGCAUAGCAUCAUCAGCAUGAUUUGCUGACUAGUAUCAGUCAGAACCAAGCUAAUUUGGUCCUCAUGCAAUUAACAAAAAGUACUGUCUCUAACUAUACACUAUUUUGAUUCCAAGACUAACAGUUUGGAUUGUAGAAAUUUGGGUGGCAGACAGUAGAUCCUAAAACUUAAGAAAUAUUCAGAAUGUAAAAUGUUUUGCAUAUUUUAAUACUAGCUGUAAAUAAUAAGAUAGAUGUGGUGAAUAACCUAACACUUCUUUCUCACGUGCUGCUCAAGGGCUGUCAUAAAAAUGAGCCAAAGAUUUGGCAUAUGACGAAGAGACACUGAAAGGGAACCACUUAAACCACUGCCACAUAAAACUAUAGACCAUCUUCUUCAGUGCGGUAGGGCUCCUUUGCGCUAAAUUUCAAGUAUAAUCUCAGAAUCACAGACUGGCUGAGGUUGGAAGGGACCUCUGGAGGUCAUCUGGUCCAACCCCCUGCUCAGGCAGGGCCACCAAGAGCCACCUGCCCAGGACCCUGUCCAGGCGACUUUUGAAUAUCUCCAAGAAUGGAGACUCCACAGCCUCCCUGGGCAACCUGUGCCAGUUCAGUCACCCUCACAGUGAAAAAGUGUUCUUUCUUCUCACAGUGAAAAAGUGUGAAAAGGUUUGCUGGUGUUCAGGGGAACCUCCUGUGUUUCAGUUUGUGCCCGUUGCCUCUGGUCCUGUCACUGGGCACCACUGAGAAGAGCCUGGCUCCAUCUUCUCUGUACCCUUCCUUCAGGUGUUUGUACACGUGGAUGAGAUCCCCCCUGAGCCUUCUCUUCUCCAGGCUGAACGGUCCCAGCCCUCUCAGCCUUUUCUCAUACGUGAGGUGCUCCAGUCCCUUCAUCAUCCCUGUGGCCCUUUGUUGGACUCUCUCCAGUGUGUCCAUGUCUCCCUUGGACUGUGGAGCCCAGCACUGGACACAGCACUCCAGGUGUGGCCUCAGCUCCCUUGAUCUGCUGGCCACGCUUUGCCUAAUGCAGCCCAGGAAACCAUAAGCCUUCAUUGCAGCAAGGGAACUUUGUGGCUCAUGUUCAACUUGGUUCUUUUCUGCCAAGCUGCUUUCCAGCUGGGUGCCUGGGGUUGUUCCUCCCCAGGGGCAGAACUUCGUCCUUCCCCUUCUUGAACUUCGUGAGAUUCCUGUUGGCCCAUUUCUCCAUCCUGUUGUGGUCCCUCUCGAUGGCAGCACCACCCUCUGGUGUAUGAAGCAGUGAAGCUGCUCAUCUCUCAGUGAUCCAGGUGUAACCUCGCAGUGAAACUAUUUUAGCUCAUUCAAAGAAAGGUUUUUCUUUUACUUGGAUGUCCAUCAAUAGAAGUUUGAUGUUCAAAAAGCACAGAACGGAUGAUGGGAUUCUUUCUGCCAAUGGUUUAGGUGUUUCUUGGUAGCAAUAGGACAGGGCAUACCUAAGGAAAAUGGGCCUCACAAAGUUGUUCUUGCUCUGUGUUAACCUUUGCCAUUACUUCCAGCCUCUUCUGGUGCCGGGGCAUUCAGGCCACUCUAACGUAAUGCAGGUAGAACAGAGCACACAGUGCAGCUGCAGAUCCAGGCAAGUUUUAAACUGUCUCUGCAGAAAAUACUACAAGGCUGAUGUAGUUCUUGUCAUUUCUGAGGUUUGUUCCAUCCCCCCAGCCAGUAACAGAGAUGGUAACAGGCUAAUCUUACUCACUUGAAGUUUCAUCUGUUUCUUCUUUGCAAGUGCAUACAUUUGCUUAUGAAUAUGGGACAGGAGAGUUUUUUAUUAUUGUAACAAUUAUUGAAAAACUGUUUCUUGAAUUUAAGUACGGAAAUGGCUUGUUUUCAUAAAGGCCAAAUUUCAAUGCCAAACUUGUGUUUACAGAACGAAGAGUCAAAGGAUCACAGUCUGAAAGUGAUUCUAAGAAAAGUGACAUCUCACUGAAGCUUUACUUAGUGCCUAAAAUUCACUCUUUCCAGAAUUUUCGAGGUCCUGUUUCUGCUGCUUUUGAAAAUAUUUUAACUCGGUAGAGAUGUAGUGAUAAACUAUCUGAUUAGAUUGAUCUGACCUUGAUUAUGUGUGUAUCUUGGUAAUAAUCCAUUCAGACAAACGUUAGAAUUCUGUGCUGACUGAAACGGGCAUGCAGGGAGCGAUGAUGAGGCAAUAAUGUCCAUUCUCCACGUGCUUCAUUUGUUUUCCAGCUCUUUCGAGAAGGAACUGAAUUUGAAUCUUUUAGAUGAAAAGAACAAUGGUCAGCAAUGUGUAGGGGCAUUUUGGGUUAGCUUUGUAAUAAUGAUUUUUAUUGCAUUUGUGACUAGGGCAAGAAGGUAGACUACUUUUCCCUUAAUUUACUCACGUUGGACUAAAAGACACAGAACUAAGACCAUAUGCAAAAGCCAUCAUUCUCUAUUUACAUUGCUUGUAAAUUAGAUACAAUACUGUUGGUGCCAGCGGAGUUACUCUGGCAUGAAACUGGUAGAAGCGGAAAAAAUAAUCUCCAAGAGAGAUCCUUCAAAGAGAUCAUACAAGCCUUUAUUUUAACUGCCUUAAAACGUUAGGUUACUAAGGAGGCUUAGUUUUCUGAGCACUCUGGGGCAAGAAACUGUUGUUGGUCACCAUUGAUUACUUGGUGUCAUUUACCAAGUCUCGUUUUCCCAUCACCUGGAGUGGCCGUAACGCCCGCAGGAGCGGCAGGGACCGGAGAUGCCCAUGCUGGUGCACGCUCCUUGGGGCACCUUGGGCAAAGGGCAUGUCCUGAGGGUGACAAGGAAAACGAGUCCGGCCUGAAGCUUCCAGGCAAAACCAGUUUCUCUUCUUCAGCAGAGACUGUAAAACACUGCAGUUUUUUCGUUGCUGUGUAUGGCACGCAGGACUUUCACAGGUUCCUGAAGGAUUUCAUCCAAGAUGCUGAAGAUGUCAGUACAUUUUCCUGCCCAUUAAAAUUUAAGACUGUAGUUGGGAUUCUUCCCUGAUUACCUGCUGUUUAAUGAGUAAGGGAUAAUUUUAAAAAGGCCCAAAUAGCAUGAGGAGAAAGGGUAUCAGGAAUACGGUUUAGCCAGGAAAAGGGCACUGGAAAUUACCAGGCUGGGGAUGGUACCAAAGCAGCAGCGACCAGAGCAGCUUCCUGCAACAGCCGCCCCGUCGCGGCCCUGCCUGGAGCGGGUGGUGGGCGCAGCAGAACCGGCAGCUCAAUCAGGCACACGCAGAUGCACCAGCAAACACCUACAGGAUGAUACCACCCUGAAAAGAAAAAAGAAAUCAAAAUGUUGGGGGUUUUUUUAUUUUAAAUCCCUCUCCUCUCCUGCGGUUACUCUUUGGAGUUUAAGAGCGGGGUAGGUUGGUUCUUUUCCAUCUACUCCUGCCCGUAACAGAAAAAGCAGAACUACCAGGCAAAGAAGAAGUAGGUUCCCAUCUGUCCCGGUAGUUUGCCACACUCGCCAUAAACCAGAGAGCCACCGCUGCGUGGUUCGCUCUGAGGAUGGGCUGCGAGAGCAGCACCAGCAUCUGCCCUAAUGCUGCCCGUAGCCAGGGGCACCAACAACACGAGGCCACGAACGCCCCGCAGAGGAGAGGAAGGACAAAUUGCCAGCAUCUACUGGAUCUUGAAUGACAGAAAAUUAGUUUAAAAGCCAUCUUUAUACGAGAAAUUACCAAGAGGGCAUGGCAAAGGGGAGAAAAUGAAAACAUUUACUUUUUGCACCUUGUAAUUCUAAAGUUGCUGAGUCAUUUUAACAGUAAAUCCUCCUGAAUUCAGGCUUAUUGUUUGAUGGAAAAUGCCAUAAUGCCUCUUGUUAGAUAACGCUACAACCCCUCUUCUGCUGCAAUCAAUGUUAUCAACGUUAUAUAGGAAAUUAUUUGUGCAAAAAAAUUUAGAACAUUAUUUAUACUGAGGUUGCAAGUUAAAGUAAAGUUUUUCGUAAAGUUUAAAUGCUCUGAGUCUAAAUAUAUUAGACUUGGAAAACAUCAAACCCCAGAAUUACCUUAUUAGUGAGCUUUUUGUUGUGAAGUCAUGCAAAGUUCAUCACAGAUAAAACCAUCAUAAUGUUCCGUAAUUCCCACAACCAGUUUUAUCCUCUGAGUUAGAUGAAUGCUUUGAAAAUGGCUUAUUAUUGUUAAAUCCAUGCCUGUCUUCCUUCUUUUUAAAGGGUUUGAUAGAUUUUUACACAUCUUUAUUUUGUGCCUCCCACCAGUGUGCAUUUCUGCAUGUUCAGUUCUACAACUCACUCGAGCAGCUGAUGCAUAUGUACAUAGUUGUAUGUAUGUGUGUAUGAAUGUAUAUGUUUAUACCUAUCUGUCUAAAUAUAUGAUGUACAGUGUAUAGAAAGUGUGUAGUGUAUGUAUAUAUGUACAGAUACGUAGACACGUAUUCAUGCUGUUCUAUAUGUUAAAGCUUUUCAUCCAUUUGCUAAUCCAGAGCUUCCUAAUUUUCAUUUCUUAGCCCAAACUAAGCCUCGCUUAAGCGGGUGAAUCCUCAUGAAUUUCAGAGCUUUGCACCUUUUUCUGAACCCAGCCUCAAUUUAGUAUUUUCUGUUCAGAACUGACAAUUGUAUUCCAUUAAUUUUCUGGCUUUUACAUACUCCCUUUGCCUUUUCUCGUUUGAUGCGUAGAAGCCUGCCCGUGAAUAGUUAACUGAACAUAUAAUGUCUUAAAAAUAAAUGAAUAAAUAGGUAACUAUAGUAAUAGAAAAUACUUCCCUGUUUUCAAUAUAUACUCAUUCUGUUUCAACCUUUUGAGAGACUUUUUGUAAAGUUUUAUUUCGCAGUGAAACUUGGUAAGAGAUUGAUUUUUUUUGUAAGUCUUCAGCAGUGGCUAGUUGGAAGCAAAACAAGUUGCCCUUUAUGACUGAACUGUAGCACAGAGAACACGAUGCAACGGGUGCCGUUUAAAAAAUCAAUACUUGUAUCGCCAUGCUGAUAACAUGCUACGUCUUCUCUUCCACGGACCAACGACAUUUCUGUUGCAGUGGUAAUUAAACAAGAGGGAGACUGCAGUUUGUUCAUCUCGUAGCAAGCAUCGAGACUUAUUUAGGAUUUUCACGAGGCAUUUCAAUCGUAUAAUUCACUUUCCAAAGUUAUUCUCCUUAUUGGCUGCUUAAACUAAGCAAAGCUGGUUAGUUCAUUGAGUUGCCAGGCUGGGGUCCGUCCUCAGGUUCUGACGGUGUAAUCUGUGCAGCUCUUGCACCGGGGCUGGGACGGUUCCACCGCUCACACGCAGCAUUUAUGAGAUCAGACUUGCAGUAAGACAAUUUGUUACUCGUAGGCAGUAUUCAAACAUCUAAAUUUUCAAAAUAUACGUAGUUCUUGUACCUUUUCCCUUCUGAUGACUUAAGUUACAAAGGAAGCCUUCUGUAAAAGUAAUUUUACUCAGUUUGUUUUUUUUUUUUAAAAAAGCAUUUCAGAGACCGCAUAGGGGAGCAGUUCAGCAAGUCUUGUUUCCGUCAUAUUAAAAAGGUGAAGCAGAAUUUUCUGGGCAUUUAUUUCCACCUCUUGUGCUCAAUGGGGCAAAGACUUGUGUACGUUUAAGCAGAUGAGCCGACACCAGUUAAAACAACGUGAGCUUCUUGCAUGCUUAAAGUAAAACACAGCUCUCAGAGUCAGGCCCUUGUAAGUCUUUGCUCUGGGAAACGCUGAGAACGUUCUCUGUUUCUCGCUGUACCGGUUAGCAGGUGUUUGUACGCUUUUGUUUCAAAUAUAGAAAAAAAACUGUAAAACAUCCAUUUUAACAUUUCAAACCUUAUUUCUGACAUUUUCAGCAGGGAAAUUAUUUAAAUUAAUGGCAGGAAUUCCUGUGACAGAUGGUCCUUCAUUGGUGUCUUUACAAUCAGUGCUGUUUGAAUAACGUUUGCUUUUCUCUUUCAAGGCUGAAUGGAAACCUGGCCGUCUGUUAAUGUCAGUGUACUGCAGUGACAUUUUUAAAGAUUAGGAGCCCAACUGGGGUAUUGAUCAGGAUCGAAUCUGUUAAAAAAUUCAAUUGUGAAUUUAGGAAAAAAAAAAGCGUAUUUUAAAAUUGUGCACUUGUUUUUUAUACACGUUUUGAAUUGUUUGUAUUCUGAAGGACAAAAUGUGCUCAAAUUUAAGUGGCAAUAAAGGCUCUGUUGUAAUAUCCUAUGGAAACUGUGGAAUGUGAAGUCAGCUUUCUGUAUUUGAUCACAGAAAGCAGAAGUCUGAGAAGCACGCCUGCUGCCCCGUCUCUAACACCCCUGAAUAACGGGCUUCUCGGGUGUUUUUUAAUGAGCUUAGAUAAAUGAGAAUAAGGCACAGGUCCAUUUAAAAAUAUUUCUGAUGAUUGUGUGUUAAAGUAGGACUGAAUAAAAUGAAAAGGAUAUUCUUUAAGAAGAACAUGACACCUACAGAGCAUAUAGGUUAAAUUUCUCAUACACGGAAUCAACCUUAAACGUGGGAAUAUUUUUAAUAAUUAAUCUGUACUCCAAAAUACAUUGCAAGCCGGUGUUCAAAGAGUUCCAUAACUGAAAGACUGCACAUUGCGUGUCUUAUGUAUCUGGCAUACCAGGGACUUCUGAGCUCCUACAAAAACAGCAAAUUUUUAUAAAAGGAAUCAUCUGCUUUUAAUUCCUUGGGAUAUUUUCUGGAAGACUCUGUUCCUUAUAAUUUAGAAAACUAUUGUUUAUGUUACUACAUUUUAAUUUCAAGUUAAAAAACUUGCAAAAGUUAUUAAUUUUUUACAUCUUCUUUUGUGAAAUCAGCAUUGUUAUGUGUGUUAGCAUUUAAAAAUAAUAGCAUGUUCUUUUUUUAAUCUGAAUUUUAUAUCUAAUCAAUGUCUUCAGUCAUGAAGAGGAAUUUGCAUUGUUGUGUUUGUAUAUAGAGUAUUGCAGUGCAUGAUUUAGCUUAUGCAUUUUAUUAAAUGCUGUUUAAAUGUGGCAUUAUAUUGUUGUGGCUUAAUACUACUACCUAAAGGAGGUUUAUACCAUUAAAGUGAAUUACAAAUACAAAUGCAUUC